AGAGAACAAUGUCGUUGAUGAUCGUCUAGCCCAAUUUAUGCUUCCUAUUGGAACAGUAUUAAAUGCUCCUGGUACAGCGACUUCUAUCGCUCUUGGUACAAUGUUUGUCGUACAAACAUUUCAUCCAAGCUUGCUGAGCGUGAGUACAGCCAUUCUCAUCAGUGUAUCAUCAACAAUAGCAACACUAGCUGCGCCACCCAUUCCUGCGUCUGGGCUAAUUGCUAUUCAAGGCAUUGUGUUACAAGUCAUUGGGAUUCCAACGGCUGACGUCUGGUUAAUCUUUGCUGUUGAAUGGUUGACAGAUCGCAUUGUUACCCCUGUGAACGUCUGGGCGAACUGUACGUCUUUGGUUAUAAUUGAGCAUUAUUCACGUGACGAACUCCAAUCGCUUGAUGAUGGUACUGAAGCACGUGAUGAGGUAUCUGCAGUUUCAGCUUCAGGUGCACCCGAUUCAGGUCAUACGAAUGCGGUCGUUAUCGAUAUUGCGGAUGAAGUCGUUCAAGAAGACGAAGACAAUAAACAUGAAAUUGAAGAAGAUUGAUAACGAUGCAGUUCUUAUGAAUGUCUGUGUAUAUUUAAGCCUGUAGGCUCGUUUCAUUAGUCUUUUCUUGUGCCGAAUAGAAUAACAUCAGUAGAUUCGGCACAUCAAAAGUUCAACGUCUGAACAGGCCCAAAAAGCAGCAUAUAUUUAUAUGAACAUGCAUCGUGAUUUUGUUACUUUUUAAUAUAAUAUACUACAUGGGAUCAGUCUAAUGUAUUUCAUAGGUGCAUGUAGUGGCCCUAAGCUGUGUCAAGCAGUGAAGAAGCUGAAUAUUGCUCUACUUCAAAUUUACACUGUCAAUGCCUCUAUAUACAUCUUUUCACUAUAUGAAUCACAAUAAUCCACGCCCUAGUUCAUUGCAAGGGUUGCAUCAAAAAUCUACAGAGAAGCAUUGUGAUUGGAUAAAAGUACUCGCAGGCAGCUUGAGAACACGUUGUGGUGAGUGAAAGCUAGAGUGCUUUCUUUUUAGGAU